AUGGCUCCCAAGGUUGCAAUCGUCUUCUACUCGAUGUACGGCCACAUCGUCAAGAUGGCCGAGGCUGAGAAGAAGGGUAUCGAGGCUGCUGGUGGCCAGGCCGACAUCUUCCAAAUCGCCGAGACCCUCUCCGAGGAUGUCCUCGCCAAGAUGCACGCUCCUCCCAAGACCAGCUACCCCGUUGCUGAGCCCACCGACCUGCUCGAGUACGAUGCCAUCCUCUUCGGUAUCCCCACCCGUUACGGUAACUUCCCUGCUCAGUGGAAGACCUUCUGGGACAAGACCGGCGGCAUCUGGGCCAGCGGUGGCUUCGCUGGCAAGUACGCUGGCACCUUCGUCUCCACCGGUACCCCCGGUGGUGGCCAGGAGUCCACCGUCAUGUCCUGCAUGAGCACCUUUGUUCACCACGGCUUCAACUUCGUUCCCCUCGGCUACAAGACCACCUUCCCCCAACUCACCAACCUCGAGGAGGUUCACGGUGGCAGCCCCUGGGGUGCUGGUACCUUCGCUGGCCCCGAUGGAUCUCGCCAGCCCAGCGCUCUUGAGCUCCAGAUUGCCGAGCUUCAGGGCAAGUGGUUCUACGAGACCGUUGCCAAGGCCAACUGA